AUGGCUGUGACAGUAGAGAUCACGAAGAGUGAGGUGAUCAGGCCGUCGCCGGCGUCGUGCGGCGACGCCGGCGGCGCCAGGUCGUCCCCGCUGACCGUGUUCGACCGUGCGGCCAUGGACAUGUACAUCCCUUCCGUCUACGCGUGGAGGAACGCCGGCGGCGGCGCGGAGGCGGUGGCAGAAGCGCCGCCGUCCAACCGCGCGAUCAAGCUCGGGCUGGCCGCCGUGCUGCCCAGGUUCCCGCACCUCGCCGGGAGGUUCGACGUCGACGCGCGCGGGCGGAGGUGCUUCGACCUCAACGACGCCGGGGUGUUCGUCUUCGAGGCCGCCGCGUCGGGCACCCUCGCCGACGCGCUGGCGCACGACGUCGCCGCGCACGUCAACGAGCUCUACCCCAAGGCCGACACGGAGCGCGCCGACGAGCCGCUGUUCCAAGUGCAGCUGACGCGGUACACGUGCGGCGGGCUGGUGAUCGGCGCAACCGCCCACCACCACAUCGCCGACGGCCAGUCCUUCAGCGUCUUCUUCGUCGCGUGGGCGGCGGCCGUGCGCACCGGCGGGGCCAUGCUCCCGACGCCGUUCCUCGACCGCGGGGCCGUCGCUGUGCCGUCCCGGGUCCCGGCGCCGGUGUUCGACCACCGCAACAUCGAGUUCAGCGCCGAGCGCGGCGGGCGAAACUCCCGCGCCACCCUCCCGCUGGACAGAAUUCAGAAUCUCGCCGUGCACUUCCCCGACGAGUUCGUCGCCCGGCUCAAGGCCCAGGUGGGCGUGCGGUGCAGCACGUUCCGUUGCCUCCUGGCGCACGCCUGGAAGAAGAUCACCGCCGCGAGGGGGCUCCCGCCGGAGGCGUUCACGCAGGUCAGGGUCGCCGUCGACUGCCGCGGCCGCACCACCCCGCCGGUGCCGAGGGACUACUUCGGGAACAUGGUGCUCUGGGCGUUCCCGAGGAUGCAGGUCGGGCAGCUCCUCUCCGCCAGCUACGCCGCGGUGGCCGGCGUCAUCAGCGACGCCGUGGCGCGCGUCGACGAGCGGUACAUCCGAUCGUUCGUGGACUUCGGCGAGGCGACCGGCGAGGAGGAGGAGCUGGCGGCGACGGCGGCGGAGCCCGGGACGGUGCUGUGCCCGGACCUGGAGGUGGACAGCUGGCUAGGGUUCCGGUUCCACGAGCUGGACUUCGGCGGCGGGCCGCCGUGCGCGUUCCUGACGCCCGACGUGCCCAUCGAGGGGAUCUUCAUCUUCGUGCCGUCGUGCGCCGGGAAGGGCGGCAUCGAGAUGUUCGUCGCCCUCCAGGACACCCACGUCGAGGCCUUCAGGGAGAUAUGCUACUCCUUGGACUGAUCCAUCACGAAUUUUGCCGAAACAUAUCUGAAUGGAUGAAUGAAUAUGCACCGGAAACAUUAUAACGAACCGCGAUUUAAAUUCGCAAAAUAGUUUAAAAGAUAAGUAUAAAAAAGGUUAGCUUUUUAAUCAUAAAAAUUGUCGAAUGUUCUAUAGUCAUUCAUAUAAAUCAUUGCUCGAUUGGAUGAUCACAUACUGUGGAUGUGUAGAGCUCGUCUACAAAUAGACUAUACUAUACGUACAUAUAUCGGCCAAUUAAACCAAGAAUUAGCAAAUUAGGCAUCGGGAGGGUUAUAUAUAUGGAUAAGAAGAAAAGAGAGAGAUUAAGAUAUGCUUGGGAGAUGGAGCGACAGAAAGAUGCUAUUGCAAGAUAAAGAUGGCAAAGUUGACAACGAUGGAAUUGGUAGCAACACCAGAUCGUGAAAGCUGAAUCAAAAUAGA